AUGACUCAGUGUUUCUACGAGUAUCUUGUACGCAUUCUAUCAACCGGCGCAGACGACUGCGAUUGCCUGAAACUUACCCCGUUUAUAAAGAAUGGCAGCACCGAACUGGCCAGAACCCUAUCGCGCGUAGACCCAUCCCAGUUUCUGAAUGUAACCAGCCAUUCGGGUUUCCUCACCGUCAACGAGGAGUAUGAUUCGAAUAUUUUCUUCUGGUUCUUCCCGCAUAAGGAGGCCGCGAGGAGACCUUGGAUGAUCUGGCUGCAAGUACACCCUCGGAAUGUAACGUGGGCGAGUGAUUACUCGCUGCUGUUCGUGGACAAUCCAGUGGGUGCGGGAUACAGCUACACAAAAGACAAGCGAGGUCUCACGACGAACGAGGACCAAGUUGGCGAGCAGUUGUACGAUUUUCUGGUCCAGUUCCUGAAAAUCUUCCCGGAGAUGAGAAAGGCCCCGCUUUUCAUCGCCGGAGAGUCGUACGCCGGCAAAUACGUCCCUGCCUUCGGUAUUCAGAUCCACAGACAUAGAUACAGUAAUGAGACUAUCAAUUUCAAGGGUAUGAGUAUAGGCAACGGAUUAAUAGAUCCACGGAGUCAGAUGAAUUACACUGAGCUGUGUGGCGUGAUGGGUAUCGUGGAAGGCGUAGACCUCAUCAAACUGAAGCAAAUAGAGACAGAUGUUGUUAGGUUCAUCGACGCGGGAAGAAUGAUCGAUGCUGCUAACAAAUUCAACGAAACAAUAGAAUUUAUAAAGGAGAAAAGUGGCGUCAACAUCUUCAACUUUAACAGAAACCCCAGUAAAGGGGCGCCGGAGUACGAAGCGUUUCUCAACAGGUCAGAGGUCCAGAGGGCGAUCCACGUGGGCAACGUCGUCCACACCUUCAACAACCAGACUGUGUACCAGAGCAUGCUGCCGGACAUCAUGAACACGACCAGACCGUUCCUCGAAGAGCUGCUGGAGCAUUAUGGGGUGUUGUCCUACAGCGGGCAGUUGGACGUCAUCUUGCCCUACGGCUUAUCCAAGCACCUGUACGAUGUACUGGAGUGGUCGGGCAGAGAUGAGUACACGGUGGCGCCGCGAGAAUGCGUCCGUCUAUCGAAGGACGGCCCCAUUGCUGCUUACAAGAAAUCAGGCGGUAACUUCGUUGAGGUGCUGAUCCGACUGGCCGGCCACAUGGUCCCCAACGACCAGCCUUACGUGGCCAGACAUAUGAUAAGAUCAUUCAUUAAUCAGUUCAAAAAUUAA